AUGGUAGAACAGUUGCACCAUCAGGGAUCCAAGAGAAGGAAGGCACGUGAGCAGAUGCAGAGAACGGAGGCUAUGAGCCCACAGGACUCUAAGGCAGCUGGGGCAGAGGCCAUGGAGGGACACAAGGCCCAAAGCCAGAAUCAGGGGCGUAUAGAGCCCACAGCCCCUCCACUUCCCCCACCUUCACCACCACCACUGGGGCCACCGGAUUACCCACGGCCGAGGCUUGUUUUCCACACCCAGCUGGCUCACGGAAGCCCAACGGGCCGAAUCCAUGGAUUCACCAAUGUCAAGGAGCUCUAUGCCAAGAUUGCUGAAGUUUUCAACAUCUCUCCUUCAGAGAUCUUAUUCUGUACCCUCAACUCCCAUAAAGUUGACAUGCAGAAGUUACUAGGAGGGCAAAUUGGGCUAGAAGACUUCAUAUUUGCUCAUGUCAGAGGAGAAACUAAGGAGGUGGAGGUGGUGAAGACAGAGGAUGCUUUGGGCCUUACCAUCACAGACAAUGGUGCUGGAUAUGCAUUUAUCAAGAGAAUAAAGGAAGGCAGCACAAUAGAUCAGCUGAAAACUGUGUGUGUCGGUGACCACAUUGAGGCCAUCAAUGACCAGAGCAUUGUUGGAUGUCGACAUUACGAAGUGGCCAAGAUGCUGAAAGAGCAACCAAGAGGCAUUCCCUUCACUUUGCGUUUGGUUGGACCCAAGAGGGCCUUUGAUAUGAUUGGAAUGAGGACCAAAGCUCCGAAGUCUAAUGAAGGCAAAAUAGUCAAUGGAAGGGAAACCCUGCGUCUUCGUUCGAGAGGUUCAGCUACUGUCCAGGAAGUGCAGAAUGAGUUUGAAGAACGGGCCACCAUGAAAGUGGAUGAUCUGCUGGAAAGCUACAUGGGCAUCCGAGAUUUAGAGCUAGCAACUACCAUUGUGGAAGCAGGCAAGGACAAGAAGAACCCCGAUGACUUUGCAGAGGCGCUGGACUCAGUUCUGGGAGAUUUCGCUUUUCCUGAUGUGUUUUUGUUUGACGUCUGGGGAGCAAUUGGGGACGUCAAGAAUGGGAGAAUGUAG